AUGCAACCAUCGGCAGAAUCAGCCGCCAAGAUACCUAAAGUGGAAGUUAGGAGUAGCCGAGGGAGUGGUAUCACUGAGAUACAGCAACAGCAAGUCCAUAUACACCCCAGAAGGGGAGGCAGUCGGGCCGGCUCUACCACACCUAAGAAGUCGACAGUCUCUAGUCCGUCCCAUGGCGUUCCUAAGACGGGGUUGAGGGCUCCUGCUAAGGUUGGCAAGCAGAUAAGGGUGCAGCAUCCACCGCCUGCGGCAGCGCACAUUCGGACGGGAACAGCGAUGUUACAUGGAGGCCAUUUGGUAAAGCAUAAACCACAGACGACCUUAUCGCCGCCGCCUCCCAAGGCCGUUGUCCAUCCAACACGGCACAAGAAGGAAGCAUCGCCUGGCAUGAGCGACGCUGAUAGCAGCGAUGUUGCAGUAGCUCCACCGACGAUGCCAGUUCCGCUACUCGCUGCAGGGAGAGAUCACCAGUCUAAGGCUCCUCAGCCGAAGUCGACGCCCAAGAGCAAACCCGACGAUGGGAAGGAGGUGCCGGUGAGGAGCGCCCAGUCGGCGAUCAGUCGAUUACGUACAAUAGAACAUCUUAGAGCAAAGAGGGCGCAGUUACAGGCUACAAAGGAGGUUUCGACUCCAAAGGCGACUCAUGCUGUCGCAGCAUCAUCUGCGGCUGAGCCUCCCACUCCACAGCCAGCAGCGGUCGAGAAGACCGUACCACCUAAAGCCGUUCCAAAGGCCGAUCCCCCUCGGUUGGGUACUGAUGGGGGAGAGCAGUCACUGACUGAGAGGAUGCUCGAAGCUGUAUUGUCGCAGCUCAUAGAUACUCACAGUCAAUGGUUAGUUGAUCACUGUGGAGUGAGUAGAGAGUCCUUGCAAUCUAGUACCGAGGUAGAUGUUAGUGCAAUGGAUCUAGCCCAAAUCGAGCAGAUGGUCUUUGAUGAGACUUCGACUUUCGAGGCUAAACUCAAGGCCUCGGCAAGUCCAAGGGUACUUGGGCUCCAUAACGAACCAGCCGAAAUCGUAUCUAACUCCCACAUUGUCGAUAGGAGGUCCUUAGAUUCAUUGGUCGAACACAAAGGUCUCACUCAUCGGGUAAACCUCGGUGAGAAGUUGGCGUGUGCCCAGCCCUCUUCUCGUACUCGUCCCAUCGGAAGGGUUUCAGGGCAGGCCCGUACCUGA